AAAGCAGAAAGAAUAGAGACGUGUUUGAAAUGAAGAUGAUGCUUUCGUACCAGAGUCUGUCACUUUUACUGGGUUUUUUCUCAGUUCAAACGAAGGCAGGACGUGAAGUGAACAUAGCAACUUGGGGCACACCUGUUCAGUCGACGUUAGCUUUCAACUGGUAUCCCUCAAACGCUCUGGAUGGGUUGAGCUCCACCUGCACUCAUACAGCUCAACAGAGUGACCCGUGGUGGAAGCUGGACCUGAUGAAGACGUACAGCGUUAACAGAGUGACCAUCACUAACAGACUGGACUGCUGUAGCAGCAGGAUUAACGGGGCAGAGAUUCGGAUUGGAAACGAUUCUUCAGAUGUUUCAAACAAUUCAAUAUGUGCUGCAAUUCCUACUAUUCCAGCAGGAGCUACCUACAGCUACUCGUGUUCUGGGAUGGAGGGACGUUACGUUAUUGUGGAUAUUCCUGGAGCUUCACAGAUUCUGACUCUCUGUGAAGUGGGAGUCUAUGUGAUUUUUCCAGGUAAUUUGGCGACAGGAAGAACCGUCACACAGUCAUCAACCAUUAGCACCUGGUUUGCUCAACAAGCUAUUGAUUUCAAUCCAGGUUUCGUCCAGCCAUCAUCAUCGUGUUCCUCAACCACUGCUCAGACUAACCCAUGGUGGAGGGUAGAUCUGCGUUAUAUUUACAGAGUAAGUAGAGUUGUCAUCACAAACAGACUUGACUGCUGUCCAGAACGAAUAAAUGGAACGGAGAUUCGCAUCGGGAAUUCUUUGGAGAACAACGGCAACAACAAUCCCAUAUGUGCUGUGAUCUCUAGCAUUCCAGCUGGUGUUUCCUCCACCUACACCUGUAAUGAUAUGGAGGGUCGAUACGUGAAUCUGUUCAUUCCUGGAGAUUCAAGGUUUCUUACUCUGUGUGAGGUGGAGGUCUAUGGAGAAGGUCCAGUGCUGAAGAAGACCUUUCUGAAGAUGAAACUGAAGUCCAGUUCGAGUCUGUCUGAAACUGAAACGAGAGUCCAGCUCCUGUCACAGCUUCAGUCUGCUCUGGUGGAACGAGGGUUUUCUGACAUGACGCUGGAAUGGUCUCAACCGCCUGAAAAGGAAGUGAUACGGAAGGAACCUUCACCAGCUCAAUGCGCUCUAAGAAAGAGAUGAUGAUGAUGAUGAUGAUGAUGGGGAAACCCAAACUUUGCUUCGAUGUUUUUCAUUUACCUCCUGGAAUAUUCUCUAGUCCUCAAUGCUGGCCACAAUAAAGUUCUGUGUGAAUAUUUUAACUACUAGUUCCUGAAACUGAAUUUUGAAACAUGCAAAAUUAAUUAUGUAAAGUUGCUUUAAAGUCAUUUUUAUUUUAUAAAGUGCAAGUACUCGA